GUAAAAGAUGCCUUCAUUAUUUCAUUUCCACCCGAAGUUAGGAUAACCCAAAAAAAUAAACGUGGCAGACGCUGCUGAGUUCAUCUCAGACCACAAAAUCACUCUCUCUCGUGUUCGAAAUUAUUCACUGCGGUUUCUCUCUUUCCCUCUCUCUAUUCUCCCUCAAUUCAUUUUUAUCUAGUAUCUAUCUCUAUCAUUAUCAUCAUCACAGUAAAUGCACUGAAACUGUUUGUAAAAUUGCCAAGUAGAAGAACGAAUCUAUAAUGUUGAUUUAUGUAAUGUAAAUUUAGCAUCAUUAUAUUACAUAAUCCUUCAACCAUGGCAACACUAUUGAAUACAGUGUUAUCGGCUUCAAAUUUACCUGCAAAUCCAAAAAGAAACGGUUGCAGUUUCUUAUAUUUUCAUGUUCCAAAUCUUCAUAACCACACUUUUCUUACUUUCAACAAAAAGCGUUUGUCUAGAGUUUUAGCUUCGACCCACAUCACUAUUCCUUCCAAAGAUUCAGUUUUUAACCUGCCCAAUUGGAAAGCUGGGAAGAAUGACCAGAAAAGCAGAGAAAUUAGAAUCAAUGAUGCAUUUCUUCACUUAGAAUACAUGGUUGGUAAGGGUCAUAAGCCUGAUGUAGUUCAAGCAACUCAGCUUUUGUAUGAUCUUUGCAAAUCUGGUAAAGCUAGAAAAGCUGUUAGGGUUAUGGAGAUUAUGGGAGGUUCAGGUAUUAUACCUGAUGUUGCUUCAUAUACAUUUUUGGUUAAUUAUUUGUGUAAGAGAGGCAAUGUUGGGUAUGCAAUGCAAUUGGUUGAAAAAAUGGAAGGACUUGGUUUUCCAACUAAUACUGUUACCUAUAAUACUUUGGUUAAAGGGCUUUGUACGCAUGGGAAAUUAAAUCAGAGUAUGCAGAUUUUAGAUAAGUUGAUAAAGAAAGGCCUUGUCCCAAAUGCAAUUACUUAUUCUAUCUUGCUUGAAGCUGCUUAUAAGGAAAGGGGAGUGGAUGAAGCAAUGAAGCUACUAGAUGAGAUAAUUGCAAAGGGCGGCGAGCCUAAUUUGGUUAGCUACAAUGUAUUGUUGACUGGACUGUGUAAGGAAGGUAGAACUGAAGAAGCUAUUGAGCUUUUUAGAGAAUUACCUGCAAAAGGGUUUAAACCUUGUGUUGUGAGUCAUAACAUUUUGCUGAGGAGUCUGUGCUAUGAUGGGCGAUGGGAGGAAGCCUACAAGCUUUUAGCAGAGAUGGAUGAAGAGGGUCAGGCUCCUUCUGUUGUUACCUACAACAUAUUGAUCACUUCUCUUUCUCUUCAUGGAAGAAUAGAACAAGCUUUCAAAGUUUUAGAUGAAAUGGCAAGGAGUGGAUUCAAGGUGAGUGCUAAUAGCUACAAUCCGAUUAUUGCCCGCCUCUGCAAGGAAGGGAAGGUGGAUCUUGUUAUUCGGUGUUUAGACCAAAUGGUUAAUCGGCGCUUUCAUCUUAACGGAGGAACGUACAAUGCUAUUGCCUUGUUUUGUGAGCAAGGGAAGGGGAAGGAAGCUUUCUUAAUAUUUGAAAGGUUGGGUAAAAAACAAAACUACCCUAUACAUGAUUUCUACAAAAAUGUGAUUACAGUCUUGUGUAGGAAAGGGAAUACAUAUUCAGCCUUUCAGAUAUUAUAUGAAAUGACGAUGCACGGAUUUACUCCCGAUUCCUAUACUUACUCGUCUUUGAUAAGAGGAAUGUGUAGGGAGGGAAUGUUCGACGAGGCUCUUGAGAUAUUUGGGAUUUUGGAAGAACAUGACUAUGUGCCUCAUGUUGAUAACUACAAUGCACUCAUACUUGGAUUUUGCAAAUCUCAUAAAAUAGACUUAUCAAUUGAGGUAUUUCAAAUGAUGGUCAACAAAGGAUGCAUGCCUAAUGAGAUAACCUAUACCAUUCUUGUUGAAGGGAUUGCUUUUGAAGAAGAAAAUGAUUUAGCAGCUAGCCUGUUGAAAGAGUUAUGUUUGAAAGGGGUUCUGAGUAAAAAUACUGUGGAAAGACUUUCGAUGCAAUACGACCUCAAGGAAUUAACAGGGUAGAGAGAUAUAUGCAAUCAAAGUAUAUAUAAAAAAAAGAAUUAGAGUUUGGGCACAUGAGCAGCAUCUUGACACCGAGCCACUGAUUGUUGUUAUGCACCUGCGCCUUCCUGUUGAGAGAUUGAAUUUAUUUUUAAAGGCAAUAAAAUGAAACAUUUGAUUUGUUGAUGUUGAUCAAUGAUCACACCGUUUACACUCUGAGAGAUACAAAAUAUCAAGUCAAAAUGUGAGUUGUCCGAUGAUAAUCCGACGGUGGGUUUGGAUUGCUUGAUCCCGGAAUCCUGGUAUCUGCCAACGUUAGAUAUAAAUCAAGGUAUAUACCAAGGCACAAGUUUUCGUUAUAAUCUUACCAAAAUGACAUGACUGCCAUGCAGACUUGGCUUACCUACGUGGUGAUGAAUGAUGGAUGAAUUCAUUGACCUGAACUCAUAAAUAGCCCUUAGAAAAGAGGAUAGGGUGCACUGUAUUUCUAUCUAAACUGGGUAUCAUCUGUACCCAAGUACAAAAAACCAAGCUUUCUCUAACAGUUCUAAGGCUGUUGUAUGCUUAAGCUCGGAUUUAAAUCAAAGACCUUAUUAAGAUAGAAGAGACGUGCGUCAUUUCAUAAUGUUCUUAGGUUAAUUCUAUUUUAUUAGCUA